AUGGGUUGCUGCGCAUCAAGGCCAGAAGAAGAUACAAGAGCUACAGAAGAUACUCAACGUGACCGUGAAGACUUAGUUGAGUCCAUAAAGAAAGGUCCGCCAUCGUUACCACCUACUCCGCAAGAUUUGAAAAGAAAAAGGAAAGCAAAGUCCGAUGCAAGUUUAAGUUUAGUUAAAGGUCUAAGGAGAGGAUCAUUCGUUAAAAGCGUGCAAGGCUCUGUGAGGCAGUAUUAUAAAAUUGUCAAAACUCUAUGCAAAGGCACCGAUAAAGAAGUUUUUAUUGUUUUGGAUAAAAGAACGCAGUUAAAACGGAUUUUAAAACAGUACAAAAAGACAAAAGAUGAUCCAGAAGGGUAUUUGAAAUUCAUGCAUCAAGUAGAAAUUCUUAAAGACUUGGUAUAAAAUAAGUAGGACCAUCCGAAUAUUUCAAAAAUUUAUGAGUCCUUGGAAUCCUCUUCAUGCUAUUACAUUAUAUCGGAAUACUUAGAUGGAGGAGAGCUGCUUCAAAAAAUUAUAACUCCCCCCCCUCCGUGAGUGAACAAAACCAUUAGAAAAAUCCCUAUUUUUUGCCCAAAAAACCCACCCUCCGUGAGUGAACAAAAAUUUUUUUAAUAGAAAAAUUUUUUAUGGAAAAAAAAUUUGAUAUAUAAAUGAUAAUUAUUAUAAUGAAAUCUAGAGCUAAUUCUGUUUAUUUUUAAACGAAUUGCUUUUUAAAACAUAAUUUUGCAAAUUGAAUUAAUAUUUGCUUUCCAAUUUUUGCGAAUUAGGAUUUUUUUAAAUUUCGAAAAAAAAUUUUUUAUAUAAAAUUUAUAUAAAUUUUUUAAAAAAAAAAAAAUUAACCCCCUCCGUGAGUGAACAAAAUUUUUUUUGUUCACUCACGGAGGGGGGGGAGUAAGUAACUCAUAUCUUAAUGACAACAUGGCAAGUCGUUGCAUGAUAGAUAUAUUUAAUGGUUUGAAUUAUUGUCAUAAAAGUGGAAUCAUUCAUGCAAAUAUCAAGCCAGAUAACUUAUUUUUUGAAUCAAAAGCUCCAGAUUCACGUUUAAAAAUUGCUAAUUUUGAUCUCUCUUCAUAUACAAAUAAGAAACGAAAGCUGAACCCCGCUGUCCGAUCUGUGAUAUUAAUUUAGAUGUAUUAUGUGGCUCCAGAAGUUUUAGUUGGAGAUUAUGAUGAAAGAUGCGACAUAUGAAGUGCUGGAGUAGUGUUACAUAUCAUGGUGACUGGAAAACUCCCUUUUACAGGCCAGACAAAAGAAGAAAUAGUUUCCUCAAUGAAAGAAGGACUGAAAUUAGAUGCAACUGAGUGGACCCAGUAUCCUGAUGGUGUCAAAGACUUAUUACAAAGGUUGCUUACAUAUGAUCCAGACGACAGAAUUACAAUUGAAGAAGCAAUUAAUCAUCCAUGAAUCCAGUCAAAUCUCGAAAAACCGUCAGGCGAUAAUCCAGUCUACCUCGCUGCAUUGAAGAAUUUAAACGAAUUUAGGGUACUUUUUAUAUAGGCAAAAUCAAAUUUUGAAAAAUAUAUUUUAACAUUCAUAGCUUCUCAUCUUUUGACGACAGAAGAAGAGAAAGAACUUUCUGACCUUUUCCAAGAACUUGAUACAAAUAAAGAUGGAAAACUGAGUAGGGAAGAGUUAAUUGCCGGCUAUGAGCGCUCAGAUAUUCAUACACACAUCGAGAUUGAUGCAAUCAUGAAAUAUUGCGAUUCUGAUGGAAGUGGCAGUAUCGAGUUCUCUGAGUUUUUAACUGCUGCUCUGGACUGAAAUAAAAUGAUUUCUGAAGAGACACUUGAAAAAGCUUUUAAGCUAUAUGACAUAUCAGGGGAUGGAACUUUGUGCUGAAAUGAAAUUAAGUAUUGUAUGCCGAUGGUUUCAAGAAAAGAGCUGAAGAACUUUAUGAGAAUGAUUGAUUCAAAUUUGGACCGAGUUAUAUCGUAUGAAGAAUUUAUAGAAUAUAUGCAAAACUACUUAAUGAAGCAAAGCAAGUUAAGUAGCUCUAGAUCAUUAUAA